AUGUUCCCAACACUGUUGCUGCUGCUGCUGGCAGCUUCACCCAAUGUGGACUGUGCUGUGGAAUUGACUCAGGUCGAGUCAGUGGUGGUAAAGCCGGGAGAGUCUCUGACCCUCAGAUGUAAGGUAUCAGGAUAUUCAAUUACUGAUAACAGCUACGCAACAGCUUUCAUUCGCCAGCCUGCAGGAAAAACCCUGGAGUGGAUAAACAACAUUUAGGGGGGUGGAGGCAUAACACAAAAAUAUUCUCUAAAAAACAAGUUCAGUAUUUCUAAAGAUGAUUCCAGCAGCACGGUGACUCUACAAGGACAGAAUCUGCAGACUGAAGAUACAGCUGUGUAUUACUGUGCCAGGAGACCACAUGACAGCUACUAUUACUUCGACUACUGGGGGAAAGGAACCUCAGUGACUGUAACUUCAGAAGUGCAAGCUCCACCAAAGUCCGUGUUUCCCAUGUGGCAAUGCGGUGAGGUUUCAGGCUCUGUCACCAUCGGCUGUUUGUCCCCCGGCUUGACCUCCCCAGAUGCGAAUUUCAAAUGGUCUGAUCACAGCGGAAAUGCUCUGACUGACUUCAUUCAGUAUCCGGCGGUGAAAGCGGAUGGAGGAUACACCUUGAUGAGCAGCCUGAAGGUCAAAGCUGACGACUGGAACCAGGACAAGAACUUCAAGUGCCAAGUGGAGAAUUCAAAAGGACCCAAAGAUGCGAUGUUCAAAAAGCCAGAAAAGAAAGUUAUGCAAGUGAUUGAGCCCAAUAUCACCACUGCCAUCAGUAAAGAGGAUGACAACAAAAUGAAGCUGCUGUGUUUGUUGGAUGGAUUUUAUCCUAAAAAUCUGAACAUCAAGUGGCUUGAAGACAAUACGUUAGUCAGAGAGCAACCGGUCACAAACAUCUUUGAAAAUCAAGACAAGAGGUCCUUCACAGCCGUGAGUGAAAUAUCCAUUGAGGCACAGCGAUGGAACCAGGGCAAAAAUUUCACCUGUGAAGCAACACACAACAGCAAGGACAUCAGGAAAUCAUCCAGCAAGUGUACAGCUCAUCCAUCAUCCAAACCACUGAUACGCCUAGAGAAACCUCGUCUCGAAUCCAUACUGACUGAUUCACAGGUUACAGCAUCUUGUAUUGUUGAGUCUGCGGCUGACACACAAGUAUCGUGGUGGAAAAAUGGACAGAACCAAAUGCAAACCCCCACUGUACAGAGAGAUGAUCAGACCUUAGUUAGCAAGCUGACCAUCUUGACAGCAGACUGGAAACAAAUGCAAACAUUAACAUGCAGAGCUGAAAAGCCUUGUGUUCCCAGGCAGGAGGAAACUCUUACAAUUAUUGAGCCAGUGCCAAAACCCCCCACGGUGUUGAUCAGGAGGACUCUUGAAGACGUACUGAAUGGAGAAAAUGCUGUUUUAGAGUGUGUUGCCAGAGAUCCACCUUCCGGUGAGAUCGCCAUCACCCUACAGGACAACAACGCUAAGAUUCUCGAAGCUCAGUAUGUGAAUCUGCCCAAAGGUCUUCAGACGAUCAGUGCACGAUUUACUGUUCCCAAUACCCACCAAACUAAAGACAAGCGCUUCACGUGUCAGGUUCAGAUAAGCCACUCACAACAAUGGACGUCCUCCGAUACAGCAAAUAUCUUUGAUGAUCCUUCCGUUGAACUUUUAGUGGUUGACAGUUUGGAUAAAUCUGUAUCGAAGGCACAGAAACUUCUUUGCUCUGGAACAGGAACAAACCCAGAGAUCAGUUGGCUCCCCAGAUCUGUGGGAAACGGUCGUUCUGAAAAAACAAUGCAGAAAGAUGGACGUGUGAAGGUGAUUAAUGAGCUACUGGUUCUACAGCAGGACUGGAAUCAAGAAAUUACCUGUGAGGUUAAAGAUCGGACUAACCGAGUCCAAAAAAAAAGCCCUCGUCUUUGUGCAGCUCAUGCAUCAUCCAAACCACUGAUACGCCUAGAGAAACCUCGUCUCGAAUCCAUACUGACUGAUUCACAGGUUACAGCAUCUUGUAUUGUUGAGGCUGCGGCUGACACACAAGUAUCGUGGUUGAACAAUAGAAACAUGAAAAUGCAACCCCCCACUGAACAGACAGUGGAUCAGACCUUAGUUAGCAAGCUGACCAUCUCGACAGAAGACUGGAAAAAACUGCAAACAUUAACAUGCAGAGCUGAAAAGCCUUGUUUUCCCAAGCAGGAGGAAACUCUUCAAAUUAAUGAGCCAGUGCCGAAAACUCCCACGGUGUUGAUCAGGAGGACUCUUGAAGACGUGAAUGGAGAAAAUGCUGUUUUAGAGUGUGUUGCCAGAGAUCCACCUUCCGGUGAGAUCGCCAUCACCCUACAGGCCAACAACGCUAAGAUUCUCGAAGCUCAGUAUGUGAAUGUGCCCGAAGGUCUUCAGACGAUCAGUGCGCGAUUUAGUGUUCCCAAUACCCACCAAACUAAAGACAAGCGCUUCACGUGUCAGGUUCAGAUAAGCCACUCGCAACAAUGGACGUCCUCCGAUACAGCAAAUAUCUUUGAUGAUCCUUCUGUUGAACUUUUAGUGGUUGACAGUUUGGAUAAAUCUGUAUCGACGGCACAGAAACUUCUUUGCUCUGGAACAGGAACGAACCCAGAGAUCAGUUGGCUCCCCAGAUCUGUGGGAAACGAUCGUUCUGAACAAACAAUGCAGAAAGAUGGACGUGUGAAAGUGAUUAGUGAGCUACUGGUUCCACAGCAGGACUGGAAUAAAAAAGUGACGUUUACCUGUGAGGUUAUGGACCAGAAUAAGCAAGUCCAGCAAAGUACCAGCUUUUGUGCAGUGACCCCAGCUUCUGCUCAGCGUGCACAGGUCUACCUGUUGGGUCCAACACUCAGUGAUAUGAGAUCAGGUGAUGAGGUCUCUGUGACCUGCUUGCUGCUUGGCUACAAGCUCAAGGACUUCUUGAUUACUUGGAGAGUUGGUAAGGAUAAUUCAUAUCAGAGUGUGACCACCGAAGCCCCCAAAGACCAUGCUAAUGGAACGCAGAGUAUUCAAAGUACUUUAAAAGUACCUGCUGCGCAGUGGAACGCAUACGCAGUUGUUACCUGUGAGGUGCAACACGUCUGCUCCCAAAACAAGCAGCAGCAGGUCAUAUCCAAAACUAAAGACCUCAAACAACCUACAGUCCGAAUUAUUCAACCCAGUGAGGAGGACCCGUCAGGCUCGCAGAGCUCAGCUCUUCUUUGUCUGAUCUCUGGGUUCCAUCCUGCUGAGAUCUCUGUGCAUUGGAAGCUAAACGGGUACCAGCUGGAUGCGACUCAUUUCACCAACAGUCCCGUGGGCACUAGUCCUACAGGUCUGGAUUAUUUCAUGUACAGCACACUGAAGUUAUCAGCGAGGGAAGAUGGAACUUAUGACUGUAUAGUCAACCACCAGUCCUCCGAAAAGCCAAUCGUCCAGACAACGAACAACAUAUAUGGCUCUCUGCAGAAAUCUAGUCUCACUGUGGAGGUGCUGCAGGGCCAAGAUAUGUUGGUAUGUCUGGUGAACAACUACAGCCCAUCAGCUAUUAACAUCACCUGGCUCAUGAACGGCGCGUCAGUACAGCACAAGUACAACACCACCAGUCCCGCCAAAGGGCCCGAUGGGAAAUUCAGUGUUAAAAGCAGCCUGUAUUUCCCUUUAUCUCAAUGGAGACCUGGAGCUACGUACACGUGCAGCGUCAAUCACGUGACUGGCACAAUAAACCGCAGCGCUAACAAACCAGAAAAUAUCAGAGACAUUAUAUUUGUGGACGGGAGCGGUUUCGAAGAAACCGAUCAGGACUGGGCUGAAGAAACCUGGAACAUGGCCUGUGCCUUUAUCGGACUCUUCAUCGUCUCUCUGAUCUAUGGAUGCGCCGUCACGCUCGUUAAAGUGAAGGUCGCUUGAUCCGCCAUUUUGUUGUUAUUGUUGUUGUUUUGUUAUGAAUGGAGUUAGCUAAUGCUUUACGGUCAUGUGUAGAAUACAGUGUUUAAGAACCUUUUUCUUCAAAUAAGAAUGAAUAAAAAUGCAGAAUUAAAAAAAUUACCUUCUGAUUGAUGAUGUAAAUAAGUUUUUCUGUAAGAAGCUGAUAUUUUUAAUAUAGCGACUUUUCUACUGCUAACUCUGUACC